GUGGAAACUAGAUUGUAAGCCUAUUGUCUGAAUCACACUCCGAAGCAGAAGGUGGCGGUAAUGCACCAAAAGCUGGUUGCCAACCGCCGUUAAAAACAAAGAACAAGAAGACGAAGAUAAACGCCAUUAGACCUCAGAAAAAGAAGAAGAAGAUUAGUUUCACCGCGCUCUCUGUUGUUUUGUCGUGGUGAUAGUUUAAUACAAACUGUUAGAAAUGUUGUUUCUGUAAGUGGAAAAAUACAGUUUUUGAAUCAGGUCAUUAAACGCCUGUAAUAUUCUCAUCAUCACAGUCGUGACUUAGUUUUGAAUCAAGCAGGAAAUUCUGGAGGAAUAUCAGCUGAACUGAGAUCUGCUGAGAAUAUGGAGUUUGUUAAAGAGGAGAGUGAGGAAAGCACGAGUGAAAUAAAACAAGAGGAACCAGAAACCUGGAAAAUACAACACAUGGGACCAGAAACCUGGAAAAUAAAAGAAGAGGAACCAGAAACCUGGAGAAUAAAAGAAGAGGAACCAGAAACCUGCAGAACAAAACACGAAGAACUAGAAAUAUUGAGAAUAAAACAGGAGGAACCAGAAUCCUGCAGAAUAAAACACGAGGAACCAGAAAUAUUGAGAAUAAAACAUGAGGAAUCCGAAACCUGCAGAAUAAAACAUGAGGAACAAGGAGAGUUCAUCGAAGAGAUAGAGGAGUAUGAAGAAUCAAGUGAAGUUGAGGAGAAAAAUCAUAUCAAAACUGGAGGAAAACCUUUGAAAGAUCUAAAGAAAAAAAGAGUCAAGAAAUCUUUCACCUGCACUCAGUGUGGAAAGAGUUUCACACACAAAGCAAGUUAUGGGCGUCACAUGAGAAUUCAUAUUGUAGAGAAACCUUUCACUUGUGAUCAGUGCGGGAAGAGUUUCAAACAAUCAGCAAACCUUAAGAGACACAUGAAGAUCCACACUGGAGAGAAACCGUACACAUGUGAUCAAUGUGGUGAAAUGUUUUUAUGGGCUUCACGUCUUAAGAAACACUAUAAAUUUCAUUCAAAGGAAAAACCACAUUCAUGUUAUUUGUGUGGUAAGAGUUUUUGGAAUCUACAAAGUUUGAAAGUACAUCAGAAAGUACAUACUAGUGUGAGAGAGUACAUGUGCUUUGAGUGUAAAAAGACAUUUAGUUCAGUGAGCAAUUUAAAACAGCACGAGAGGAUCCACACUGGAGAGAAACCUUAUAAGUGUUCACAAUGUGACCAGAGAUUUAAACAAUCAACACAUCUGAAAACACAUGAGAGGAUCCACACUGGAGAGAAACCAUAUAAGUGUUCACACUGUGACAAGAGAUUCAGAAAUUCAUCACGUCUGAAACUACAUGAGAGGAUCCACACUGGAGAGAAACCAUAUAAAUGUUCACACUGUGACAAGAGAUUCAGAGAUUCAUCAAGUCUGAAAACACAUGAGAGGAUUCACUCUGGAGAGAAACCUUAUAAGUGUUCACACUGUGACCAGAGAUUUAAUCAAUCAGCACAUCUGAAAACACAUGAGAGGAUCCACACUGGAGAGAAACCAAAUAAGUGUUCACACUGUGACAAGAGAUUCAGAGAUUCAUCAAAUCUGAAAACACAUGAGAGGAUCCACACUGGAGAGAAACCGUAUAAAUGUUCACACUGUGACAAGAGAUUCAGAGAUUCAUCAAGUCUCAUAACACAUGAGAGGAUCCACACAGGAGAGAAACCGUAUAAAUGUUCACACUGUGACAAGAGAUUCAGAGAUUUAUCAAGUCUGAUAACACAUGAGAAGAUUAACUCUGGAGAGAAACCUUAUAAGUGUUCACACUGUGACCAGAGAUUUAAUCAAUCAACACAUCUGAAAACACAUGAGAGGAUCCACACUGGAGAGAAACCAUAUAAGUGUUCACAAUGUGACAAGAGAUUCAGAGAUUCAUCAAGUCUGAUAACACAUGAGAGGAUCCACACAGGAGAGAAACCGUAUAAAUGUUCACACUGUGACAAGAGAUUCAGAGAUUCAUCAAGUCUGAUAACACAUGAGAAGAUCCACACUGGAGAGAAACCGUAUAAAUGUUCACACUGUGACAAGAGAUUCAGAGAUUCAUCAAGUCUUAAAAUACAUGAGAGGAUUCACUCUGGAGAGAAACCUUAUAAGUGUUCACAGUGUGACCAGAGAUUUAAUCAAUCAACACAUCUGAAAACACAUGAGAGGAUCCACACUGGAGAGAAACCAAAUAAGUGUUCACACUGUGACAAGAGAUUCAGUGAUCCAUCAAAUCUGAAAACACAUGAGAGGAUCCACACUGGAGAGAAACCGUAUAAAUGUUCACACUGUGACAAGAGAUUCAUUGUUUCAUCACAUCUGAAAAGACAUGAGAGGAUUCACACCGGAGAGAAACAUUUUAAGUGUUCACACUGUGACAAGACUUAUAUAGAUUCAUCAAGUUUGAAAAGACAUGAGAGGAUCCACACUGGAGAGAAACCGUUUUAAUGCACUGUUUGAGAUGUUCCUCAAUGAACAGCUGUUGAAUGGCAUGCUCGUCCCAAAAGGGUGUGGAGGAGAAAUGUGACAUAUCCAUUUAAAGUAAUUCUUCUCCGGACUGGUGUUGAUCGGUUAUCUUCUUUUGAGAGGUAAGUACUUUGCUUAUAAUGCUAUUCAUGAAAUUGUGAUGUUGAUUGUAAACAAAUUAAACUAACAGCAUUUCACAUUGUUGACCAAUAGAUGCCAUUGCCAGUCAGAGACUUGUUGUACAGAGAGAGCAGAGUGAGACACAGUUUGCAGAAAUUCUCAGAAGCACGUUUCCACAGCUUCAAGGGAGAGAGUUUGAAUUGUGCAGGGUUGAUGCACAGAGGUAGGUUUCACGUUUGAGUUACAUUUACAUUUACAUUUAAUCAUUUAGCAGACGCUUUUAUCCAAAGCGAUUUACAAAUGAGAACAAUAGAAGCAGUCAGGUCAACAAGAGAACAACAACAGUAUACAAGUGCCAUGA